AUACUAUACACCUCCUCUACAAUUCUCUUCACCUUUCUUUAUUUCGCAGUCAUCAAUUGAAAAAAAAAAAAAAUUAGAGAAUCAAAAGAUGUGUUGGGUCUUCUUAUGUGAUGAAGAGGAGAGAGAAUUGGGUAGGCAACAAGCUCCUGGAUCAUGUCCCUACUGUGGAGGAAAAGUUGUAGCCAUGGAUGUUGAAAGAAAAUGGAGUUUCUGCUUUCUACCCAUUUGUUAUAAGAUCAAGAGGAAGUACUUUUGCUCUUUAUGUGCCAGGAGAUUGGAAUUAUAUCACUAGAAACACCAGGGAAUUCAAGAAGAGCUAUAACUGGAAAGCUGCCAAACCAAGAAACUAGAAGCUUCAAUGGUGAUAAUUUCCAGAUUUUGUCUUCUUCUUCUUCUUCUGUAUCUUGUUUGAAUUUGCUAUGUGUGUAAUGUUGUAAAGAUUUUAGAUAAACUUUUCACAUACCCAUAUGAAGAAACUUUAAUUCCUUGGGCUCAGAAUUUAUGGGUUUUCCUUUAAAAUUAUUUUUGAUACAAAAUUAUGUAAGUUUUGGAUGUCCUGGUGAAAGAAAUUAAACAUGGAUCUGAAAUGGGUUUUGUUUGGGGUACAGGAAUGCUGGUGUAGGUUCGUUCUUCGAUAUGCUUCCCUUUAAAUGAAAUAAAACUCAAUCCAUGUUCUGGGUGAUGCGACUAAAAUUGUCUAAUCCACUGAGACAUCUCUUAAAUAAUGUCCAGGUCAGGGAUCGAGUUUUUAACCUUAUUUUCUGUCAUUGUCUAAGAGUCUUGUAAAAAACGUUUUGGGUGAUGUCAGAGAGAGAGAGAGAGCUGUGGGGUUUGAGAAAGGGAGCAGAG